AUUUCUCCAAAAGCGCAGCUACGAGCUAACAACUUGUUCUUCAAGUUCCAAAAUUUUCUUCAUUUCGCUCUGUAAACUCACACCGAAAGAGGGAGAUCAGAAGCAGAGUAAAGAGUGAAGGAAGAUGGCGAGGUACGAUAGGGCCAUUACAGUGUUCUCCCCGGACGGCCAUCUCUUUCAAGUAGAAUACGCUCUCGAGGCCGUCCGCAAGGGCAAUGCCGCCGUCGGCGUUCGCGGUUCCGACACCAUCGUUCUCGGCGUCGAGAAGAAAUCCACCCCCAAGCUCCAAGAUUCCAGAUCAGUUCGGAAGAUUGUGAAUCUUGAUGAUCAUAUUGCACUUGCUUGUGCUGGGCUCAAAGCAGAUGCACGAGUUCUGAUCAACAGGGCUCGUGUUGAGUGCCAAAGUCACAGGCUUACAGUUGAGGAUCCGGUGACCGUUGAGUACAUAACGCGGUACAUUGCAAGGCUUCAGCAGAAGUACACACAGAGUGGUGGAGUGAGGCCAUUUGGGCUUUCCACCUUGAUUAUUGGGUUUGAUCCCUACACUGGUGCUCCAUCCUUGUAUCAGACAGAUCCUUCUGGGACAUUUUCGUCUUGGAAAGCGAAUGCCACCGGGAGAAAUUCGAAUUCGAUAAGGGAAUUUCUAGAGAAGAACUAUAAGGAGACUUCAGGGCAAGAAACUGUGAAGCUUGCUAUCCGUGCAUUACUUGAGGUUGUUGAGAGUGGAGGAAAGAACAUAGAGGUUGCUGUGAUGACAAAGGAACAUGGUUUGAAACAAUUGGACGAGGCUGAAAUCGAUGCAAUUGUCGCUGAGAUUGAAUCGGAAAAAGCAGCUGCAGAGGCUGCGAAGAAGGCCCCGCCAAAAGAACCAUGAUCAUUUCUCUCCUCUUGUCCCUGCAUCUGUCUCAUUAAGUUUAAUCUUGUGAGAAUCUGAUAUAGUGAUAUGCUAUAUAUAACUUAUGGUUUUAGGGAAUGAGACGUGAAAGUUUUAUUUUCAUCAUCUUCUUCCAGGUCCUUUAGAAUUUCGAAAACAGAUACCAGCAAAACUAAGCCAAUGUGACACAUUUUCUCUCAAUUAGUUGCUUGGGAGCAUCUACAAUGA